AUGAAGGGCGCUCUUCUCGCAAGUUUGCUGGCCAGCACGGCCACGGCUCACAUGCAAAUGAUGAAGCCCUACCCUAUCCGCAGUCCAUUGAACAAGGAUUCUACAGGACAGAAGGAUUACUCUUACACAAACCCUCUGCAAGCCUCUGGAUCAGACUACCCAUGCAAGGGCUACGCCAGCGAUAAGUUCGACUCGCAGGCUACAUAUGCCCAAGGCUCCAGCCAAACAAUGGAGUUGGACGGCAGCGCAACACACGAUGGCGGAUCUUGUCAACUUGCCCUAACUUACGAUCAAGGCAAGACCUUCAAGGUGAUCGAGUCCAUGCUGGGAGACUGCCCUAUUGCCAAGAAGUACGACUUCACAAUCCCAUCUGAUGCACCAGAUGGUGAGGCACUCCUCGCAUGGACCUGGUUCAACAAGGUCGGAAACCGUGAGAUGUACAUGAACUGCGCCAUGGUCACCAUUGGCGGCAGCACCAACGGCAACCAGACAGCUGCCGACACCACCACCACCACCAAAAGCAAGAAUGUUCACAACCAGCCUAUGAUGUCCGAGGACAAGAAGGCCUCCCACCCUCCCAUGGCCAUGGCCGCCCACCUAGCCGGCAUGGAAAGCCAGCGUGGAGCCAUGACCGAGAACAAGCAGGUCGGCUUCGACGACCUUCCUCCCCUCUUCGUCGCCAAUGUUGGCCAGGAAGGCAAGUGCGUGACCACCGAGGGCGAGGCCGUCAACUUCCCCAAGCCUGGUGACAACGUCGUCGGCAAGACCGAUGGAAAGGGUGAUGGCUUCAAGUGCACCGGCACAGCUCCUUUCUUGAACGCGGACACCAGCAAGGCGUCAGCUAAGGAUACCACUACCUCCAGCAGCACCACUUCCAGCAGUGACUCCACCGCCACCAAGGACAACACCAACGCUAAGCAGGCCAAGGCUACCACCACCGCCACGGACGCCAAGCCCUCCAAGGAAUCCAAGGCCGACAAGACCAGCAAGGACGCUAAGCCCACUACCCAGUCCAUGCCAACUGCCACUGAGACCGAGACCAAGAAGGCCCAGCCUACCAAGGACACCGAUUCCAAGGACGUCAACAAGAACGCCACCCGCAGCACUCCCCAGUCCAUGUCGAAGGUCGCCCAGGCCUUUGGCACCUCUGGCGCCGCUGACCCCCGCGUCCUGUCUACUAACACCGAGGCCUCCACCAACAACGAGGCUUCUACCAACAACGCCUUCUCUAGCUACGUUGGCCGCUUCACUUGCACCUCUGGUGAGAUUCUUUGCUCCCCUGAUGGAUACUCCUGGGCCAUGUGCUCCAACGGCGCUCCCGUCUUCAUGGGCUCCGUUGCUGCUGGCAUGACCUGCCGCUUCGGCGCUAUGGUUGCCGCCCCCUGGUAA